AUGGAGGUCGAUUUAUUCCUCACUUGCACUCAAAAUUCAUCUUCGACACAACACAAAACACCUGCCAUGACCAUCACACACACUGAAACAAGUGUUAUUUUAAGAUUUGCAGUUCAAGGUCUAUUGAAACGAGAUCUUAUCAUUGAUAUGGAUGAUUCUCAUCAUAUUUUAACUGUUUCUGGAGAUAUUAAAACCAGUGAUUCGAUCGAUCAUAUAGGACCAUUUACAAAGAAAAUUCAUUUACCAAAAUAUAUUGAUACCAAAGGUGCCAAAGCAAGAUUAGAAAAUGAUGAAUUGGAAAUUGUAUUACCAAAGAUUGAACAUUCCGAGAAGAGUCUCACACGAAGAGUUCAAUUAGAUGAUGAAUAA